AUGAAUUUUGACCAGAAGGCGGUGAAAUUCCUGGCAAAUUUUCACAUCAAUGCAGGCUAACACUGGACCCAUGGCCCCCUGAAGCAGAAGCCACUUAUGACUUCCCAGUAACUUCCCAGGGCGCUGGGCGGGCUGGGGGGCGGGCAGCUGGCAUAGGGUGGCUAUUGGCUGGGGGCAUGGUGACCCCCAGGGGUGCAAGAGCUCCAGGUGGGCCUCAGGAUGCUAACGGGCCUCCAGGAAGCCCCACCCACCUGCGCCCACAACCUGAGGGAGCUGUGGCUGGAGACACGCCCUCACGUUGUGACCGAUCUGGGCCUCCUGGGCCCGACCAGGUACUGGAUGCCAGAUGCUUCGGCGCGAGAGUCCUCCCCACUGCCCCACUUCACCAUCGGCUGCCCCCAUGACGCUGCCCCCACCGCAGAGGGUGGUGGCUGCAGGGCGUGGCAGACCGUGUGGUUCCCUAGCGAAAGCCCCUUCACCCAGAACGCCCACUUCAACUGAGAGCGGUGGCCCUCGUCCGCCGACUACCAGCUGCCCAGCCCGCCCGCCUGCCCAGCCUUCAGCUUCAGGGGCCGCCUUGUUCCAGGCCCCCCCGAGGCACGAGCCCACUUGGGGAUGCUGCAGGCCUGGGGUGCAGGGCCGCGGGCCCAGCCCCUCCUGCAGGCCCCUCUGCCGACGGGGGACGAGACCGGCCCUGGCUCCAUCGCCUACGACAUCCUUCCUGGGUGCCACCUGCCGGGCCCCUGCCCGUCCACUUUCUCCAUGAGCCGCUCGCCCCUGCUGGCCUCCUGGGUGGGCUCCUCCUGCACCCUGGGCCCGGCUGCCUAUGACGUGGAGGACUGCUAUGACUCGCGCUUCCCCUCCGCAACGGGGGUGGUCAUCCGCGACACUGGCCCCUUCUGUGCGCUCUCGAGCCCAGUGGGUGCAGCUGGCCCGCCCAGAGAGGGUCUGGCUGCCAGUCUACCCAAGGAUCAGGCUGCUUGCCGAGCCGAGGAACUGACCAUUGCAGUGGAGGCGGGGGGCAGUCCUGAGGUAAGCAGCAGCCUGGCCACUGGACUCCUCAUCACCAUGGACCCGCCCUCCUACCCAGUGGUCGGCCCCAAGACUGCCUCCCUGCAGGGGCCUCACCUGCAGCUGGUGGUGGCUCCUGUCUCUGCACCAAUUUCCCCAGGGGUCCUCCCUGUGUCAACCAAGCCCUGGGCCAGGCCCCCUUCUCUGUCUCCUCUGUCUAAGCUCAACCCCUUCAAACAGUCACCGCUCAAGAGCUGCUCCCAUGGUGUUGGCAUCAUCCCUUUCCGUAGGGAAGCCAAGGACAAGGGAGUCUGA